AUGGUAGCCACUUCGAUGGAAGGCGGUGCGUGGUGCGCCCGAGAUAUCUCGUUGAGGGCGCAGAAGAAGUUCCUCUCUCGAGUGGGCGGUGCAGCGAGUGCGCGAGCCCUGAUUCUCGAUGAACAUGCUGCGAAACUACUGGAUCAGUUUCUGAGCGUGCUGCGCGAGCGCAUUGAGAAGCGCGAGGCGGAGAAGCUGGUGAAGCAUGUGAUCAAAGCGGCGGUGAAGCUGGGAGUACUGCGGCGUCACGGACAGCUGUCCGCCACCGACGAGCGAGCGCUCGCAGCUUUCCGCGCCAAGUUCCAUACGGUGUUAAUGGCGGUGGUUUCGUUCUGCGAGGUGGACUUCUCCUACGACCGCGGUUUUCUCCAGGACGCCCUGCGUGAAUCUCAUCAGUCGCUCAAGUCAGUUGUAGAGAGGCAUUUGUCCGAUAAGUCGGUGUCUCGGUUAGCUGGUGUUUUCGCACUCGCCUCACGAGGAGAUCUCUUGGACUCCCUCUUCUCGGGGCAGAUAGAUGAAGACGUGCUCAAACUAACCAGAAUGCUCCGCAAGGAACUAGACAGGGGCCUGCUGUAA